GGGAGGAAGGAAAGAAGGAAGGAAGGAGGGGGAGCAGCCCUACCUGAGGGGAACCGAGCGCCGAGACUGUGGAAGUUGUCGCUACAAGCUGGAGGAGGGGGCAGACCUUUGAAUAAUGCCGGGGAACAGGGUCACCCACGACUGCGUGGCUUUGCUGAUAGGUGCCGUGGUGCUCGUGGCGGCUCAGAAUGACACGGAGCCCAUCGUGCUGGAGGGAAAGUGCCUGGUGGUCUGCGACUCCAACCCGGCCACGGAGCGGAGAGGCUCCUCUUCCCCCCUCGGCAUCUCCGUGCGCGCCGCCAACUCCAAGGUCGCCUUCUCGGCCGUGAGGAGCAACAACCAUGAGCCGUCGGAGAUGAGCAACAAAACCAGAAUCAUUUACUUCGACCAAGUUCUUGUCAACAUAGGAAACUAUUUCACUUUGGAAUCUGUAUUUCUGUCCCCUCGGAAAGGCAUCUACAGCUUUAACUUUCAUGUUAUUAAAGUAUACCAGAGCCAGACCAUACAGGUGAACUUGAUGCUAAAUGGGAGACCGGUCAUCUCCGCCUUUGCGGGUGACAAAGAUGUUACACGUGAGGCUGCCACCAAUGGGGUUCUCCUGUACCUGGACAAGGAAGACAAGGUUUACCUGAAACUGGAGAAGGGAAAUCUGGUUGGUGGGUGGCAGUACUCCACCUUUUCUGGCUUCCUCGUCUUUCCUCUGUGAAGAAGAGGCGAGCGGCUCUG